GCAUAUAAUAUUAUUAGCUAUAACGUAAUUAUUUAUACUAUUUUGCAUAAUAUUAAAAUAAGAGAGAAGCUGUCAAUCUCGCUUGAGGUGAGCGCGCGUGCGCGCUUCCUCUCUGCCCCCUCCCCUUAGCAACAGAGGCAAGAUGGCGGCCCCCAGUAACGCUGAGGGUUCUCCUGAUCUAUCGGUGCCGCUGAAGAUUCCCAAAACUGAGGUUCCUUCCCCAGAAUCAGAGGAUCUGAGUGACAGCAACCAAUACCAUUCCAACCCCUCCACCCCUAACAGAUUCUCUCCUCUGAACGUCGGAGCUUCGCUGUCCGGGGGCGCAGGCCGGAGUGGAUCGGCCUCUGCCUCCAACAGCUUCACCGCUUGCCGAGGCAUGUCGUGGACACCGUCCGAAACAAACGCGCUGAUCGCCGUGUGGGGCAACGAGAGGCUGGCGGAGGCGCGGAUGCAGCAGCUGGAGGUGGCCGGGACGGUGUUUUCUGGUAAGGCGCCGGGACCAGCGAUGUACGAGCGGGUGUCCAGAGCGCUGUCAGAGCUGGGUUAUGAAAGGACCCCAUCCCAGUGUCGAGAGAGGAUGAAGACACUAAGAAGGUGUUAUAGCCGAGUUAAGGAGCACGGCAUUGGGAAGAGGAAGAGCAGUUACUCCAUCGAGCAGCUGGAGAAGGUGUUCGGACAGGGCGGCUGGGAUUCCCAAAGCUGUCAGCCUGUGCUGAUCAACAGCAGCGGCCUCUACCAGGAGAUGGAGUCAGACGGCAGCACUAUGGAGGACUACUCUCAGGAAGACUGGUGCAAUCAGGACCUUUCUGCUGCCUUCAAUGAGGGAGAUAUAGAGACAGAGGAGAACCAGCUUCCAAAGACCAGAGUUCUUCAGAUCCGACUGGAGCCAUCUGAGCACGCUCAACGGCAGGAAGUGAUGCAGAACGUGAUGCGUAUCCUCGAGUCAGUGGAGGUCAAAUGGGAGCACUUCCAGACAUGGACAGACUUCUCCCGCCUCCACCUGUCAAAUAAGCUGGCCAUCUUCGGAGUGGGCUACAACACGCGGUGGAGAGAGGACAUCCGCUACCACUACGCAGAGAUCAGCUCGCAGGUCCCUCUUGGAAAACGACUACGGGAAUACUUCAACCCUGAGAAGGCCGAGGGCAGGGUUAUCAUGACCAAGGUGCAGAAGAUGAACUGGAAAAACGUGUAUUAUAAAUUCCUCGACAUCACUAUUAGCGAAGCUCGCUGUUUGGAGCUGCACAUGGAGGUGGACUGGAUCCCGAUCGCACAGACGAGAGCGGCGGGGUGCAGCAACGGCUCCCAGUACCUCCUGCCAGGGGGCAUCCCAAAAACAUACGGCCUGUACGCGAUAGGCUAUGAGGAGACGAGCGGGUCUGAUUCGUCUAGCGCAGAGGACAAGUCCUCAUCCUCACAGGAAGAGGAGGAGACGGACCAUUGCGAGAGCAUAGAGAAGGACAAGAGGACAUCAGCCAAAGUCACUUACUGUUACCUCGGCAUUGCAGAGGAGAGGACGCUACAGCAAUGUCUGUUCCAGCACUUUCAGACUUCAGGCAAACACUACGGCCGAGGCGAGCCUUCGGCCAUAACCAGGUUCCUGCAGGACAACUGCACCGGCCAAGCCAGGGAAAGCGCCCUCUCUGGAUUACACAUCUACAUUAAGUUUAUCGAGGUGGAGCUGGACUUUCUCUCCGCCGGAUCUUUAGUGGAAUGUUUAGAGACUGCGAUCGGUUAUUCGUUAAAGUUCAACAAGAAGGAUCCACUGUAACGGUUCCAUUUGCCAGUGAAGCUUUUUAAGCCAGGAUAUUGAAAUAUAGACUUGAACUCAAAGUAUUUAUGUGGUACGUCAGGCACAGUCUGUUCCGAAAGGGGUGCUAGUCUCCUUUGCAGUAAUUGUCUUUAUCAGGGAGCGUAAACGGGAGCAAACUGCCUUUAUUUAAAUCUCUCGAGCCAGAGAUCCAAAUGCAGGAACUGUCAGAAAAAAAAGGAAUCCUCAACGAGAGCUCUUAAUUAAUCUAAGUAUAAAGUCUAUCUACAUAGAAGUAUAAAUAUAUAUAUAUAUAUAUUUAAGAGUAUAUAUUGAUAUUGUUAAGCAUUCCAGCAUUUUCAACUAUAACAUUCGAUGAAUGUUUUUCAUAUUUGUUUUUUAUUUGUGAGCUCACACAGUGUCUUUAUGUAUGAUUGUUUCCAGGUCACAGUCUUGUUUACAUGUUUUGAAGGACAAAAAAUAAAUUGAUGAAAUUAA